AUGUCUCUGCUGAAUGAUCCAGAUUAUAUUAUCCACCAACUCCGUAUUGGUUAUCUCCGUCGUGUUGGAGAUCGUUUUGGCGAACGCGUUAUAACUUUCAACCCUACCGUUCUUUCAAAUGACUAUAUUAAGACUGCUGCAUCUUCCUACCCAGAGAUGUUAGCUUGCCAUUCUCCGAACAUUAGUAUGUUGGGAAAUGAUUAUUUUAGUAGCAAGAGCAUAGUGGGUGGUGCCGCUAGUUCACCAUUAUCUGGUGAUCGGCAUAAAACAAUGUACCACUCAAAUAGGAAUAUGGACACAAAUUUAACGCAAGUUUCCAAAGAAGAUUCAAGUUUUAAUAACGAAAAUGGUGAUAGUGAUGAAGAUAUCGAUGUUGACGACGAAGAUAGUAGUAAACAACAACAACCUUUGUUUACCAAACUACGUUUACCCAAGCAAAUUGUAGCACCCCCACCAGUGUUUGUAACUUCACCCUCAAAACCACCGACUUCACGUCCAAGUUUAGUAGCUCAAUCAUUUUCACCUGGUGGUGAUGCAUUGAAAACUUCACCAGAUAGUAUACUUGGAAUUUCAUCUACUGAACAAACGCCACAAUUAUCACCGACUACAUCAGCCGAAAGUGACAGAGUUCUUGCCGCUGAAAGAAGGGGCUCGGAAGCGUCAUUGUUAACAACUGAUGGUACAGAUAUACCGUCUAGUCCACCUCCGAGACCUUCAUUAUCUGCAGCAGAAGAAAGAAAAUUUUUACCAGACCCACAAAAAAUUAUUCCAAAACCAAAGCCAUUUUCUGCAUUAACAGCAUUAAUUGCAGAAAAGAAGAGUAAAUUGGACAAUCCAUUUGUAGAAGAAUACAGCUUUUUUGCUGGAAAAGGAGACCUUAAUCCAUUAACAUUGAAAAUAUUUCUUCCGUUUAGCAAUAAGCCUUUACAACCACUUGUUGUGGUGGUCAAAAGGGAUGCUUCCGUUGAAGAAGUUAUUGGAUAUACAUUAUAUCAGUAUUGGGAUGAGAAAAGAGAACCUGCUUUGGAAUCAAAGUUAUGUGAUGUUUUACAAUGGACUAUGAGAAUAGUGGAAGAUGAUGGUGAAAUAGAUUACGAUUUUCCUGUUCCUGAUAGAACACGGAAAAUAUCUAAAUUCGCCACUGAUCAAUUUGCGUUAUGUAAAGCGAAUCCCAAUCAAGUUAAGCAAAAUGAAGCAGUUUCCGCUAAAACAAGACAACCGCCCAAAGAAUCAUUGUCAAAUCCAUCUAUAAAGUCGAAUGGAACUACCGUUCAUGCAGCUUCUUCAACCACGACAGUUACCUCAAGUACAUCAGCUGCUGUAUCUACUAUUGACUUAACAAAUCAAAUCUUUUUAAGGAUUAGGCUUACACCUAAUUCAGAGGUUGCACAUACUACAACCAUCAAUGUAUCAGCCGAUAUGCACUUUUACGAGGUUCUUGAAAUGGUUUGCCGUAAACGUAAAUUAGAUCCCAAGGAUUAUACUUUCAAGAUUGCCGACACAAAUAACUAUAUAAAUCUUGAAAAGACCGUAGAAAGCAUUGGGAAUUCUCAGGAGUUAUCUCUCGUACCAAAACAAUCUGUUAGUUCAUCAUCUAAUACUGCUGAAAGUCCAACUAGUCCUACGACUCCUAAAGGAACGAAGCGGCGAAUAACUGAACCGCCUCAACCACAAUACGUGUCGUCCAAUGAAUAUAUGUCUGUGUACAAGAAAUACACAGUUAAUCGGAAAAUACCAAUGUUUGUUGGGCGCCAUGAGCGUGUAUUAGCAAUUGAUGGUGAUUAUAUUCAUAUCAUGCCCUCAGAAACAAGAACUAUGUUUGAAUCAAUGAAAACGUCAUCAUAUCACAUUACAAAUGUUUUGUCGUGUAAGACGAAUAAAAAGGCACCGUUAAACUUUAAAUUGGAGAUAUAUCGAGAUUCUGGUACAAAGACAUACGAUUUUGAAGCAGAAUCUGCUAAACUAGCUACUGAAAUUUGUCAAAAAGUCAAAUUUCUUGUGGGGCUGUAUAGUGAUAAGUCAGGGAUAAAAACAAAUUUAAAAAGUUAG